AUGCUGCCUCGGCGGGGUGUAAUCGUUCCCAGCAUCGAAGUUAUCCAACCGGCCUCCCCGGAUCAGACUGGGAGACAUACUGCGACGCCGUCGCUUCCCUUGACACCCCCGGGUGCAGGCCACGAAGAACUCGUGGCUGACGAACGAACACCCCAGAAAAUGAAUUCUUCUCUGUCAGAUAUUCCAACAUCCCAAAUGUUGACCCCUCGCCGUGCCUCUAAGCCUCCAACCCCGGAUGUGACGCCUCCUCGAACAAACUCGAAUAAGCGACCUACCUUGAACCAGUUUAAUUAUUUCUCCUCGUCGUCUCGAGCCGAUUCAUUUCAAACGGCUUUGGAGAAUAUCUCAUCCGAAGAAGAUAUGAACACCCCGGUCCGCAUGUCUCAGACCACGGCCCAGACACCGAAACAAAGGCGGCAACCAUCAAAGCCACCCACCUCAAAUGUAUAUCUUUCACACCCUUCAAAUAUAAAAGGAUCUCCGUCACCUGCUUCUUCUCAACAUGGCGAAACUGGAUGCGACACUAGAUUCGAGUCUUUUGAUGGGCAUUGGGCCGCAAACCCCAUCGAUGGGUCGCCAACACCGUUAGCAGGAAAGCGAAAGUCUGCACAAAAUCACAACCUCACUAAAUCAGUCUAUAAAUCAACACCCGAGAGAGAAGCACUGGAUUUGAAGCACCUGGAUGCCUCUUUGAUGAGGGAAAAAAGUCUGCAGGACCGUGCAAAUGGUGCGCAUGAAGUCAAAGAAAGUACUUCAGUGGAGCAGUUCCGUCGGAAUAUUGGGUCGUCAUCACCGGAGGGUCCAGCAAUAUUUAGUGGACCAGACGCCCGUCCUUUGUCGGUCAUCUCCUCGACAUCCACCGUUGAGGCCAUGAUAAUCGACUCCCCCAAACGAGCCCAGCGAAUGCUCCGGCAUACCGAAAAGAGGAGCUCUCUACGGUCUGCCAGCUCUCCCAUCACAAGGUCUGAGCGUACCUCUUAUGCGUCCCUCCCUGAAUCCCAGCACCGCCUGAUUCACAAGGCUGCUCGCAUCUCUGAUGAUGUUCGAAGCGGAACAUCGGAGAUGCCGUUCCCGGUCAAGACUAGCAACAGUCCAAUACAGCCCAAUAUCGAAACCAUCAACGUAGUGGUCAUACCGGAGAGAAGUUCAUCUCUCAGGUCUCGUCCGACCAGUCAUGUUUCUUCCAAACCGGGUUCUCGUCUAUCAACUCGUCGUCCUCUGACAGCAUCAACGGGCCGCACGGAUAUCUUGGGGCAGGAAAAACGCACCGUCUCUGAUUCAACAUCGAAUCGAUAUCGCGAGACCGAUUCUAAAGGUUGUCCCACGGAGCGUCCCGCAAAUAAUUCUCGUGCGACUUCCCUUACUUCCGAGAGUCUACGAAGCCAUAACUUAGCCAUUGACCUCAAGAUGCAAAAACGCCGUGAGCAUCAGCCGGUGCCCCCGCCUCGUCACAACGUUCUGGCUUCGCCUGACCGCAAUGGCCUACUCGAAGCUCCCAAUUUGCGCUCCCUCUUUGCUAGCUCAGAUGAUAUGGCAACCCUGCGUCCUCCAUCUUUCCCUUUCACCCAAGGCUCGGUUCCAUCGUCUUCGCCGGGACCCAUUGAAAUUCAAGAGGCUACAGCGGUCAGUCUGUUCGCACACAACAAUAACUCACUGCUGCUUGUUGACCCUCGGGUACAAGCCUCCGAGAGGCGACCUUUCCAGGCGCUUGGGAUUUCUUAUGAUCAUCCCCAACCCCCUCGCACGCCGGACAACCCAUCACAAACAGCAACCUUCAACGUCGACUCGCCUUUAAAGAACCCUCGCACUCCACCCAAGCCACCAUCCACCAGACCCUUUCCCGCGCUUCCGUUACAUGACGCUCAAGAUGAAAACACAGGCCUCGGUCGACGAUGGAGGUCCGUCCGUCGUACCUGGAGCGCACGCCCUCGGUCGGAUUCCUUCAAUACUAUAGCGCGGUCAUUCUCCAUGAAAUCGGCCAAGAACCGAACCGCAGGACUGGAAAUGGACAGUCGUCAGUAUCCUUUUUGGCGGCCCCGUGGAUUUUGGGAUGACGUACCCGGGUCCCCAGAGAAAGAACCCCCGCCGAUGCGGAACAAUUUGCCGCGCCCCCAUGAAUCCUUGAUUGUAAACAACUCUCUAGGCCUGCCCCAGCGGCACAUCAUCUUCGACGGCCCGGCUGCUCUAGCACGCCGCAGCCCAGAAAUGAAACGCCUGUUCAAUGGGGUGACUAGCAACGGUAGCUUGGUUGAUCAGGGCAUGUUCCGAACAGGAUCCCCCUUAAAGCCGACUCCCUUCCGGUCUCUCUCUCGCUGGGGACUGCGACUCCAGACGAUGUCAUGGCGUAAUGUGCGGAAUCGUCUGCGACGCGUACGGCAGAGACGAGACGAGAGAAAGCGUGCUGUCCGAAGGGAAAUCCUCAAACGGAGUAUCGGUGGCCCUGUCUACGUGGCAUCUAGUGCUACAGCUGAGGUGGAUAUGAGAUGA